AUGAUUCAAACGAUUAUGGAUCUUUUGCGCAGGAAACACUCGAUGGCAUAUUCCAGCCUGGAAUACGAGUCCGAGAAGGAUAGCGAGUCUAGCUCGGGCUUAUUGAGUCCAAAAGCAACAGAAACUUCAAAAAUUCGAGUCUGGCCCUUUGUUCUACCUUGGGUUGUGUCGACUGUCACCUUUGCCUGGGCUGCUGGCUACUUCUUCCUCAAAUCACUGCCCCCUACGCAAUCGCUCGAGUACAGCUACUCAGCUGGGUGGAAGACUGAUUUUGGCCCAGCACGAUCCGCAAUUAAUCUAGAGGAAGUACGCUUUACUGGCGGCCCUAUGUAUUCUGAGAAUGGCACCUACUAUGUUCCUCAUCCAGCAUCAAUCAACUAUACAGCCGACCCAAGCCCAGAGCUAGAUAGGGCUUGGGAGGAAUUGACUUGGGGUCGCUACAUCGUCCUGAGUGAGCAGGAGGCAAAGGAUGCUUUUGAGGAGCAGUAUGAAGAUAUUCAGCAGUUUUGGAGUCCACUACGAGGCGGAUAUAUCAGUGGCUUCGAUAUGUUUCACACGCUACAUUGUCUAGAUCGGAUUCGCCAGCGUUUCUAUCCCGAAUAUUAUGUUCAGGAGGACCUUUAUACACAUCGUGUGCAUCAUCUCCACUGCAUUGAGCAAGUACGUCAGUACAUCAUGUGCGCGGGCGAUAUGACACCGGUUCCCACCAUAUACAACAAAGCCAGGAAGCAUAGCUAUGUUGAUUCGGACGUUACGCACACCUGUCGAAACUUUCAACAAUUACGAGAUUGGUUGAGUGAAAGAUACAAUGGCAGCCUCGCGGUGAAACCUACCUGUCCUGGAGCUACGAAGCCUGAACAGGGCUCGACAAGCUGUGUGUUGGAUGAGUAG